CUCCCGGGUCCGGUACGUGCGAACCCAGGUCACGAAGCAAUUGCCCUAGUUGUGAGUACACCCGUCUCUCUCUCUCUCUUUCUCUCUCUCUCUCGUGGCGUCCGCACAGAGAAGACGGGGCUGAACUCCUCACAGUGCCUCCUCCCUAUCUUUCCCAGACUAGGGCUUGGGAGUUCGAUUGACGGUGGAAUUGGGGUGAUCCCAUCCUUUUGUUUCUUCCUGAUUGAGUGUGUGUUUCAGAAAUCCUCAAUUUGGAGGAUUAAUUGGGAGUAGUUGUUGGAGGGAUCAUUGGAUUAUGGGCAGCAGUGAGGCUGAUGCAUCUGCCAAGGCUCCAAAGACAUCCACAGCUCAGGAACAAACUCCUGCCACUAGCUCCACCCCUGCUGUGACUGUUUACCCAGACUGGUCGACCUUUCAGGCAUAUUCACCGAUUCCACCACAUGGUUUCUUCCAUUCUCCGGUGGGAUCGAGUCCCCAGCCUCAUCCUUACAUGUGGGGACCUCAGCACCUUAUGCCACCAUAUGGAACUCCGCCACCUCCGUACGUAAUGUAUCCUCCUGGAGGGUUAUAUUCUCAUCCAUCUAUUCCUCCUGGGGCACAUCCUUUUAGCCCUUAUGCUAUGGCUUCUCCGAGCAGCAACAUUGAGGCUUCUGGAACUGCUCCUGGAGUGGACAUUGAUGGUAAGUCAUCUGUAGGUAAGGAAAGAAGUCCCCUGAAAAGAUCCAAAGGAAGUUUAGGUAGUUUAAAUAUGAUUACAGGGAAGAACAACAGCGAGCCAGGUAAAUUAUCAGGGCAACCAGCCAAUGGAGCCUUCUCUCAGAGUGGUGAAAGUGGAAGUGAGAGUUCAAGUGAAGGGAGUGAUGCCAAUUCUCAGAAUGUGAGCAUCUCUUUCCUUUCCUUUUGUGGGCUUUCUUUCUUUAGUUGUCAUCUAAUAUCACGGUAAUAGGAAUCUCUUGGUGCUAUGGAUGUCAUUUUUUACCCUUUUUGCAAAUGCCUCAUUGUAUCUUCUCA